CGACCAUUAAACAGACCAGAAGAAUGCAACAGACUAUAAGAAGGAAACAGGAUAUAUGCAUCCCUAAAUAUAUUUCACUACUAACAUACGUAAGUGGUGAUAUCUUCCAAGGUGUUCAGUUGUUGCACUGAUAAAGUUCCACCGUUGGAUGACUGGCAGCUCAGUGAGAGGACGAGCAGCUGCAGCUUCACAUCACCUCACCAUCCAACAUCAGCAUGACCCUGGAACUGAGCGGCGUGAACCUGAGCAUUGGAGACCAGCUGAAAAUAAAGGGAGAGGUCCCCAGUGAUGCGGAAAGGUUUCAGAUUGACCUUGGACACAAUGUGCAUGACAUUGCUCUGCACUUCAACCCACGUUUCCAUGAUGACAUUGAUGGCGCUGUACUUGUCUGCAACUCGAAGUCCAGUGGGUGUUGGGGUGAAGAAGUGAGGGACUUGCACAACCCCCUGCAGAGAGGAACCAGCGUCAAGAUUGUGUUGAAGGUGGCGGGCGACUGGUUUGAAGUGCUCCUCCCAGAUGGACACGAAGUCCGCUUUCCGAAUCGUCAGGACGUGGAUGUCAUCAGCUACGUGAAGGUUACGGGAGACUUCAAGCUAUCCAGUCUGAAGAUCUGCUGAAGAGCUUGGCUGGAAACACCAGACUCAGGACAAAAUAAAGCUGCAGAACAUCACAUGGCUCACUCUGGCGGCUCAGUUAGACAACAGCGGCAAAUGGGUGCAGGACUGGUCCAGAAAGGGAGCGCUGACUCAUCAUUUUGCUGUCUCAUAUCAGGCCGAGAACAUGUGAGACAGAAUGAACCAGCGGGAGUGACCUCUCCUUUGAUGUUGAUCCCGCUGCGCUACAGUCGGAACAGGAACAAAGACAGGCACGCCGUGCGUUUGCUGCAA